UUCUAGUUAAGGAUUAUUAGAGUUUUACCUGGAAUUGGUUUCCAUUCGAUCCAUUUCUGACAUUAUCAUUCUGCCAUUAUCAAUCAUAGUUAAAUGUUAAUUUGUGUUUUUCAAACAGAGAAUACAAAAUUCCAAUAUUGAUCAGUGGCGGCUCUGUUUAUUUUGAGGAUACAUCACAAUAGCAAGCAGACCGUAUUGUAUCGAUAAAAGCGGAGCCUGGCAAGGCAGUCGUUAUUUCGGUUUGCUAUUGCAGUCGUUCAAAUCACUUCAGUGAAUGGCACGAAAAGUGGUGUUAGAAAUCGUUAAUCAAACAUAGGAUCUUCCGUAGACGCAUGUUUUAUGCUGCCAAGAGGUUUUAACAUAUUUACACAAUAUAGGACCUUGUCGGCACAGGAAAAAGGCCAGAAUUUCGGAUUCAAUAUUUCUUGUUUGCUAACACUCAAAGACACCAGCUGCGGUAACGGUCUGCAUAAUUGAAUGGAAAUGGACUGUUGGUGGAAGCAGUAGAAAGAGGAUUAUUUUAUUCUGUGUUCAAAAAUUGUAAAAUGUCAAACAGUUCUCAAAAAUCAGUUGACUUUCCCGAUGUUGUGGAAUUAAAUGUCGGGGGAGUGUUUUAUACGACAUCGCUGACCACGUUAACAAAGAAUAAAGAGUCCUUGUUAGGACAAAUCUUUACCGGGGAAAGUGCAAUCACACUCGUGAGGGAUAUUAAAGGCAAAUAUUUUCUCGAUCGAGAUGGAGUGCUGUUUCGGUAUGUGUUAGAUUACAUAAGAAAUGACAAAAUCAUAUUACCUGAGAAUUUUCACGAGAAAGACAGACUACGAAAUGAAGCUGAACAUUUCAAUCUACCGGAUAUGGUGAAAAGUAUAACCGCCUCCUCACUUGGUGGUGGUCGACUUAGUCCAUUGGCCCAUCGCCGGUCGGUCGGUCAUUCUGUCCAAAGCAACGCAGUCAACAGUUCCAUUACAGCAGAGGGUAAAACUUGCGGGUUUAUAACGUUAGGCUAUAGAGGAACAUUUGCCUUUGGAAGAGACGGUUUAGCAGACGUGAAAUUCCGAAAAUUAAGUCGUAUCAUUAUAUGCGGUAGGGUAUCGUUGUGCCGAGAAGUCUUUAAAGACACUCUUAACGAAAGUCGGGACCCUGACCGCGGAUGCUCGGACCGGUACACUAGCCGUUUUUUCCUUAAGCAUAGUUUCCUGGAGCAAGCGUUAGAUAUGCUUCUGGAGGAAGGGUUCCGGCUGGUUGGUGCCUGUGGGUCGGGCACUAACAACGCAGGGGAAGUAAAACCCGGGAUGGACACCGAGGAGGCAAAGUGGCAACACUACAAUGAGUUCGUGUUUGAAAGAAGGUAGAUAGUUAUGGUGAUACAUUAGGUCAUGUCAGUAUGAUGAAUGACUUUUGGACCUGGUUUUAGCGUAUUCACGGUAACGUUCCAUUUACGCAUUGUGAUUCUGCAAUAUAGACCUAUUUGAAAAGAGUCGACCAUUGUUUAUAAGUGAUUGAAAGGUAAUUUGCUAGUGGACAGCUAUAUCAUAGUAUAAUAUGAAUGUGAGCGAAAUGUGUAUAUCGGUCAUGCGAAAGUGAAUUGAAUAACAGUUAAUUUGUUUGUUAGUAUUGUCGAAUAUACUAUAGAACAGUAAGCACAAUUUAUAUAAGAUAGUUUGAUAUGUGUAAUUGAAUAAUAUGCAACAACAAUAUAAUUUCAUUAUCGAUAUUGUCAAUCAAAUGUAUAUGUUUAAUAAUACGAAAUUUAAGUUUGAACAUAUUCAUUAACUAUAUUAUUUAAGAGAAUUUCAAAUAAAUACAAAAUGUUCGUCUCUCUGCUUGUUUUCCUAAGUCUCAGCAAAAACCUCGUAUAUCAAUAGAUACUGAUAUUGAUUCAAUUUCCAAGAUAACUGAGGUGUCGGAUUUUCCCUCGCAACACGAGGCGAUGCCUGCAUUCAUUUCGCUAAUACUUAGUUAUUCUUCUCGUGCAAAUAGAUUUGUUUUAUUUUCUGUCAAUGCAGGUAACGUUCCAUUUACGCAUUGUGAUUCUGCAAUAUAGACCUGUUUGAAAAGAGUCGACCAUUGUUUAUAAGUGAUUGAAAGGUAAUUUGCUAGUGGACAGCUAUUUCAUAGUAUACUAUGAAUGUGAGCGAAAUGUGUAUAUCGGUCAUGCAAAAGUGAAUUGAAUAACAGUUAAUUUGUUUGUUAGUAUUGUCGAAUAUACAAUAGAACAGUAAGCACAAUUUAUAUAAGAUAGUUUGAUAUGUUUAAUUGAAUAAUAUGCAACAACAAUAUAAUUUCAUUAUUGAUAUUGUCAAUCAAAUGUAUAUGUUUAAUAAUACGAAAUUUAAGUUUGAACAUAUUCAUUAACUAUAUUAUUUAAGAGAAUUUCAAAUAAAUACAAAAUGUUCGUCUCUCUGCUUGUUUUCCUAAGUCUCAGCAAAAACCUCGUACAUCAAUAGAUACUGAUAUUGAUUCAAUUUCCAAGAUAACUGAGGUGUCGGAUUUUCCCUCGCAACACGAGGCGAUGCCUGCAUUCAUUUCGCUAAUACUUAGUUAUUCUUCUCGUGCAAAUAGAUUUGUUUUAUUUUCUGUCAAUGCAGGUAACGUUCCAUUUACGCAUUGUGAUUCUGCAAUAUAGACCUGUUUGAAAAGAGUCGACCAUUGUUUAUAAGUGAUUGAAAGGUAAUUUGCUAGUGGACAGCUAUUUCAUAGUAUAAUAUGAAUGUGAGCGAAAUGUGUAUAUCGGUCAUGCAAAAGUGAAUUGAAUAACAGUUAAUUUGUUUGUUAGUAUUGUCGAAUAUACAAUAGAACAGUAAGCACAAUUUAUAUAAGAUAGUUUGAUAUGUUUAAUUGAAUAAUAUGCAACAACAAUAUAAUUUCAUUAUCGAUAUUGUCAAUCAAAUGUAUAUGUUUAAUAAUACGAAAUUUAAGUUUGAACAUAUUCAUUAACUAUAUUAUUUAAGAGAAUUUCAAAUAAAUACAAAAUGUU